ACCAGCAUGCUGGAAGCUAACCGGCGCUCCAAAUCUGAAGAUUUUUGCCGAAAUUCUCCCGAGACUCGCGAUACCCCUUUCUGUGGGCCAGCACCGGCACAAUGGCGUUUCACUGGUGCGACAACAACCUGCACACCACCGUCUUCACGCCGCGCGACUUCCAGGUCGAGCUGCUGGCCGCCGCCUAUGAGCGCAACACCAUCAUUUGCCUGGGCCACCGCAGCUCCAAGGAGUUUAUCGCCCUCAAGCUGCUGCAGGAGUUCUCGCGCCGCGGUCGCCGUCGUGGCAAGGUCAGUGUCUACCUGAGCUGUCAGGUGGGCAGCGAUAAGGAGCCCGCCAGCAUCUACACGAUGCUUACCCACCUUACGGACCUGCGGGUGUGGCAGGAGCAGCCGGACAUGCAGACCCCUCUCGGUCACUGCUGGACAGACUACCAUGUGUCCAUCUUGCAGCCCGAAUGCUUUCUCAGCUUGCUCUUCGGUGGCCAACUGCCGCUGAGCAGUGUUGAUUUGAUUGUGCUGGAAGACUGUCACGACAGUGCUGUAUAUCAGCGGAUACUGCCGCUCUUCGAAGAAUACAUCCUGCCGGCUGCUCCGGCGGAAAGACCGCGCAUCCUGGGGCUGGCUGGACCGCUCCACAGUGCGGGCUGCGAGCUGCAGCAACUAAGCGCCAUGCUGGCCACUCUGGAGCGGAACGUACUCUGCCAAAUCGAGACGGCCAGCGAUAUUGUCACAGUGCUUCGCUACUGUUCCCGUCCAUACGAGUACAUCGUUCAGUGCGCCCCCUUUGAGAUGGACGAGCUUUCAGUUGUGCUAGCCGAUGUCCUCAACACGCACAAGUCCUUCCUGAUGGACCACCGCUACGACCCCUACGAGAUCUACGGAAUGGACCAGUUUAUGGAGGAGCUAAAGGAUAUACCAGACCCCAAGCUUGAGCCACUGAACGUAUUAGACUCGCUGUUGUCCGUGCUGCACGAGAUGGGCCCUUGGUGCACCCAGCGGGCCGCUCACCACUUUUACCAGAACAAUGAGAAGAUGAAGGUGAAGACUCCGCAUGAACGUCACUACCUGCUCUACUGCCUGGUCAGCACAGCGCUCAUUCAGCUGCACGCCCUCUGCGACUACACUUUCCAAAGGCAGCAGGGUGCGAGUGGCGACUCACGUCCCACCAUUGAGCGCUACUCCAGUCCCAAGGUGCGACGCUUGCUGCAGACGCUGCGCUGCUUCAAGCCCGAAGAGGUUGUUACCCAGACGGACGGUUUACGGAGAAUGCGCCACCAGGUGGACCAGGCUGACUUCAACCGGCUGUCGCACGUACUGGAGAGCAAGUGCCGCGUGGUGGACCAGUUAGAGCAGCAGCCAACGGAAACCAGAGCCCUGGUGGCCAAUCUGGAACAGAUUCUCUGCUCAACGCACGACAAGCAGCUGCCCAAGGCCUCACACGCUCGUGCCACGGCCCCUGCCCAGGCGAGAGCAAAGUCCGGUAACGCAUCCUCCGGAUCCAGCUCCCAUCCGCGGACGCGGCGACGUGUGUACACCAGGCGCCAUCACCGUGAUCAAAGUGACGGCAACGACACGCUCUGUGCGCUGAUCUACUGCAACCAGAACCAUACAGCGCGCGUGCUCUUUGAGCUGCUGGCGGAGAUGGGCAGGCGCGACCCUGAUCUCAAGUUCCUGCGGUGCCAAUACACCACAGACCGGGUGGCUGACCCCACCACGGAACCCAAGGAGGCCGAGCUGGAGCACCGGCGGCAGGAGGAGGUCCUCAAGCGAUUUCGCAUGCAUGACUGCAACGUUCUGAUCGGUACCUCGGUGCUGGAGGAGGGCAUCGAUGUGCCCAAGUGCAAUCUGGUGGUUCGUUGGGAUCUACCCACAACCUACCGCAGCUACGUUCAGUGCAAGGGACGCGCCCGUGCCGCUCCCGCCUAUCACGUCAUUCUGGUGGCGCCCAGGUACGAGAGCCCCGCCGUUGGCACUGUGCAACUAAGUGAUCGGAGUCAUCGCUUCGUCUGCGGCGCCACAGGGACAGGAGAUGGAAUGGAGGGCGACAGCGACUCGGAUGACUCUGCAAUGCCGAAUUCGUUGGGCUCUGAUCCCUUUACUUUUGGGACAGCCCGCGGUACAGUGAAGAUCCUAAAUCCCGAAGUAUUCAGCAAACAGCCUCCCACGGCCUGCGACAUCAAACUGCAGGAGAUCCAGGAUGAAUCUCCGACUACUGCACUGCUGGACACCAGUAAUUCCAGCGAUGAGGCUGUCUGCCUAAGCAACAGAACGCCGAGUGACAGCAGCGUGGAACGGAAGCCCAGGCAGCGCUUUCAGUGCGCGCUGUCUAACCCAGACGAGCAGGAGCUUACCACCGAGGACUCACCAAAGGAGGAGACCCAGAAAUCACCCGUCGAUCUUCUGGCCAAAACCACAAAUGACUUAGUCCACCAAAUGGCGCAGUAUCGCGAGAUCGAGCAGAUGCUACUCUCGAAGUGUGCCAAUACGGAGCCACCGGAAGAGGAGCAAACCGAGGCGGACCGCUUUGGCGCUUGCCUGGCCGCCUAUAGACCCCAGCCACAUCUUUUAACCGGAGCCAACGUUGAUCUUGGAACGGCCAUAGCCUUGGUCAACAAGUACUGCGCCCGCCUGCCCAGCGACACCUUCACGAAGCUUACGCCUCUCUGGAGAUGCGCCCAGAGUAAUAGAGCGGGAGUGGAGUUAUUCCAGUACACCCUCCGCCUCCCCAUCAAUUCACCACUGAAGCACGACAUUGUGGGUCUGCCGAUGCCCACACAAACCUUGGCUCGGAGACUGGCCGCCCUGCAGGCCUGUGCGGAGCUGCAUAGGAUCGGAGAGCUCGACGAUCAAUUGCAGCCCAUUGGCAAGGAGGGAUUUAGGGCUUUGGAGGCGGACUGGGAAUGCUUCGAUCUGGAGCCGGAGGACGAGCAGAUCGUACAGCUGAGCGAUGAGCCGCGUCCGGGAACGACUAAGCGGCGGCAGUACUAUUACAAACGGAUUGCCUCCGAGUUCUGCGAUUGCCGCCCGGAGGCCGGUGCUCCCUGCUACCUGUACUUCAUCCAGCUGACCCUGCAGUGCCCCAUACCCGAGGAGCAGAACACCCGCGGCCGCAAGAUCUAUCCGCCCGAGGAUGCCCAGCAGGGCUUCGGCAUCCUUACCACCAAGCGCAUUCCUAAGCUGAGCGCCUUUUCGAUAUUCACCCGCUCCGGUGAGGUGAAGGUUUCCCUUGAACUGGCCAAGGAACGUGUGGUGUUGACCGGCGAUCAGAUCGCCUGCAUCAACGGCUUCCUCAACUAUACAUUCACCAAUGUCCUGCGGCUGCAAAAGUUCCUCAUGCUCUUCGAUCCUGACUCCACGGAGAAUUGUGUGUUCAUUGUGCCCACGGUGAAGAGUCCGGCAGGCGGCAAGCGAAUCGACUGGCAGUUCCUCGAGCUCAUCCGUGCUAAUGGAAAUACCAUGCCGCGGGCGGUGCCCGAUGAAGAGCGCCAGGCACAGCCUUUCGAUGCCAAGCGCUUUCAGGAUGCAGUGGUCAUGCCGUGGUAUCGCAACCAGGAUCAGCCGCAGUACUUCUACGUGGCCGAGAUCUGUCCCCAUCUAUCGCCGCUCAGCUGCUUCCCGGGCGAUAAUUAUCGCACCUUCAAGCACUACUACCUGGUGAAGUACGGGCUAACCAUACAGAAUGCUUCGCAGCCGCUUCUGGAUGUCGAUCACACCAGUGCUCGCCUAAACUUCCUCACGCCACGCUAUGUGAACCGUAAGGGCGUAGCCUUACCCACCAGCUCGGAGGAGACGAAAAGGGCGAAACGCGAGAAUCUAGAGCAGAAGCAAAUUCUCGUGCCCGAACUGUGUACAGUGCAUCCCUUUCCGGCCUCCCUGUGGCGCACUGCGGUGUGCCUGCCCUGCAUCCUUUAUCGCAUCAAUGGGCUCCUCCUGGCCGACGAUAUUCGCAAGCAGGUCUCUGCGGAUCUGGGACUGGGAAAGCAGCAGAUCGAGGACGAGAAUUUCGAGUGGCCCAUGCUGGACUUUGGCUGGAGUCUCUCGGAGGUGCUGAAGAAAUCACGCGAGUCUAAGCAAAGGGAAUCGGAAAAGGAUGUAUUGGUCAAUGGCAAGGAAGAUGUCGUUGAGGAAGUGCCAGUCAAGGAGGAGGCUAAGGUGGAUGUCGAUUCUAAGGCGGAAAAGAGUGCCAACGAACUCAUCAUCGAGGGCGAGCAAAAGCUGCAGGAGGCUGAUGACUUCAUUGAGAUUGGCACCUGGUCCAACGAUAUGGCUGACGACAUAGCCACUUACAGUCAGGAAGACGAUGAUGACGAAGACGAGGCCUUCCACCUUCCCGUUCUGCCGGCAAAUGUCAAGUUUUGCACAGGCGACCAGCAGACUCGGUACGGUUCGCCCACAUUUUGGGACGUCAGCAAUGCCGAUGGGGCCUUCAAGUCGGCCAAGCACAGUCAGCCGCAAAGGGGUGGCAAGAACAAGGGAAAGGGAUCGGCAAGGCAAAACGCCUACAGCUACUACGACUCGGACAACUCGCUGGGAUCCAGCUACGAUGAUGACGACAACGGCGGACCCCUUAACUACAUGCAUCAUAACUACAGCUCGGAUGAUGACGAUGCAGCAGAGGAUGCUGGUCGCAUUGCCUUCACCUCCAAAAAUGAGGCCGAAACCAUUGAGACCGCUCAGGAUGUGGAGAAGCGCCAGAAGCAGCUGUCCAUAAUCCAAGCGACCAAUGCCAACGAGCGUCAGUAUCAGCAGACCAAGAACCUCCUGAUUGGCUUCAACUUCGAACAGCUGCAAAAGGAAGGCUGCUCCAGCGGGAAGUAUGAGCAAUCGAUAGCCAAGCUGCAGGAAGAGAUCGAGAGCUGCGGUAUGCUGGUACCGCACAAUCAGGAGUUGCACUUAAAACGUACCGAUUCCUCGGAAACUAGGGUCGGCAAGGAUACGACAAUGAACCUGCUAAAGCAACUGCUGCCUUAUGUGACGGAGCAACAACUGGCGGAAAGAUUGGGCGAUAAAAAGGAGCUUCACCUAUCGGAUUUGGUUGAAUUGAACACAGAAUGGGUCUCCCAGAACGAACAGGAGACCUACAGUGUCAUGGGAUGCGGUGAUAGCUUCGACAAUUACAAUGACCACCACCGUCUUAACUUGGAUGACAAACAGCUGCAACUGCAGUUUGAACGAAAAUUGAACAAACCACCGACGCCGAAGAAGACAACCUUAUCGACUCUUCCCUUAACUGGCUUUAGCUUCGACCGCCAGCCGGAUCUAGUGGGCCAUCCCGGUCCAAGCCCCAGCAUUAUUCUACAGGCUCUCACCAUGUCCAAUGCCAACGAUGGCAUUAACUUGGAGCGCCUGGAAACCAUAGGUGACUCCUUCCUCAAGUACGCCAUCACCACCUACCUGUACAUCACCUACGAGAACGUGCACGAGGGCAAGCUGAGUCAUCUGCGCUCCAAGCAGGUGGCUAACCUUAAUCUUUAUCGUCUGGGCAGGCGCAAGCGGCUGGGCGAGUAUAUGAUUGCCACAAAAUUCGAACCGCACGACAACUGGCUGCCGCCUUGCUACUACGUUCCGAAGGAGCUGGAGAAGGCCCUCAUCGAAGCCAAGAUUCCAACUCAUCACUGGAAACUGGCCGACCUGCUGGACAUCAAGAACCUGAGCAGUGUACAGAUCUGCGAGAUGGUCCGGGAAAAGGCCGAGGCCCUGGGUCUGGAACAAAAUGGUCCGCAGAACGGUCAUCUCGACGACUCCAACGACAGCUGCAAUGAUUUUAGCUGUUUCAUUCCCUACAACCUGGUUUCGCAGCACAGCAUUCCGGACAAGUCAAUAGCUGACUGCGUCGAAGCCCUAAUUGGAGCCUAUCUCAUCGAGUGCGGACCCCGCGGAGCUCUUCUCUUCAUGGCUUGGCUGGGUGUAAGGGUGCUGCCCUUCACCCGGCAAUUGGAGGCGGGAAACCAGAAGGAUCGUUUACCGGGAAGCAGCCGACCAAAUGCCGAAAAAAUGGUCACCGUGUAUGGCGCCUGGCCAACGCCUCGCAGUCCGCUGCUGCACUUUGCACCCAACGCAACGGAGGAGCUGGACCAGCUUUUGAGUGGCUUUGAUGAGUUUGAGGAGAGUCUGGGAUACCGUUUCCGGGAUCGUUCUUAUCUGCUUCAAGCCAUGACGCAUGCCAGUUACACGCCCAAUCGUCUAACGGACUGCUACCAGCGGUUAGAGUUCCUCGGCGAUGCAGUGCUGGAUUAUCUCAUCACCCGGCACCUGUACGAGGAUCCGCGGCAGCACUCUCCCGGCGCUCUAACCGAUCUGCGUUCGGCGCUAGUGAACAACACAAUCUUUGCCUCUCUCGCCGUUCGGCAUGGCUUCCACAAGUUCUUCCGUCAUCUCUCGCCCGGCCUCAACGACGUCAUUGAUCGAUUUGUGCGCAUCCAGCAGGAGAAUGGUCACAGCAUCAGUGAAGAGUAUUACUUACUGUCUGAGGAGGAGUGUGACGAUGCCGAGGACGUUGAGGUGCCCAAGGCCUUAGGAGAUGUGUUUGAGUCGAUUGCAGGUGCGAUCUUCCUGGACUCAAACAUGUCCCUGGACGUCGUGUGGCACGUUUACAGCAAUAUGAUGAGCCCGGAAAUUGAACAGUUUAGCAACUCAGUGCCAAAGUCGCCCAUACGGGAGCUGCUCGAACUGGAGCCGGAGACGGCCAAGUUUGGCAAGCCGGAGAAAUUGGCCGAUGGACGACGGGUACGCGUCACAGUCGAUGUCUUCUGCAAGGGCACCUUCCGUGGCAUCGGGCGCAACUAUCGCAUUGCCAAAUGCACGGCGGCCAAAUGCGCACUUCGCCAGCUUAAGAAACAGGGCCUGAUAGCCAAAAAAGACUAGGAGGUGCCUGUAUCUUCGAUGUGUUUCAUUAGGCCUAAGUCUACAGUAUAGUUCGUAUUCCACACAGAUUAUUGUAAGCUUAAAGUAAGAACACAUUUGUAUAAAAACGUAUCAGAUUGUACUUUCUUAAACUUAUGGAUUAAGUUCAGAACAUUAAAGUUAUUUCGAACCUACUAUUAUAUAUAACCACCAAGCAAGCGAUUUGUUUAAGCAAUUUAGAGAUUGGAGAUUGAAUAUCACUAAUUAUUUGGAUCCUCCUGGAUCUUGCUCCA